AUGUCGCUUAAAUUAAACGUUUUAUCACUCAAUCGCACAGACCUUUAUGCCCACGCUUUGAGUCUGUUUGUUCGCUCCAAUGUACACAAGGUGUUUGAUCUCAGUGUAUCUCAACUGUUGGAUUUCCUGAUUGACGUAGCAGACAGAUACACAGAAGCGCCGUACCACACUUUCUAUCACGCCGUUGAUAUCGUGACAAUACUGUACUACCUCUGCCAUGACCUCAAUGCAGACAGGUAUCUAACCGAUUUAGACAAAUCCAUCUUGUUGGUGGCCGCCCUGUGUCACGAUAUCGGCCAUCCGGGAUUCACCAAUUCUUUUCAAAUCAACACCAAAACCGAGCUUGCAGAAAAAUACGGUGGCACAUCUACACUUGAAACCUAUUCCGUUCAUCUUACAAUGGAAUUGCUAAACAAACACAACACAGCGAAUAGCCACGUGGUUCGAGAUACCAUCAAAGACUUGAUAUUAUCAACAGACAUGGCAUAUCACUCUGAGUUGGUCAAGCAAGCAGAUCAACUGAUCCAUCUCAUUGAGCAAGCUAGGAGCCCCAGCAGCGGUAACAAACGCAAGCACUCUACCAGCACAACACUGAUGCCAACUGCCAACUUGGAUGCAGAGAGCAGAACAAGUCUGUGUCGCAUCCUGUUGCAUGCUGCAGAUAUCAGCAAUAUGGCGCGCCCCUGGGUGAUCUCUAAACAAUGGUCUGAUUUGAUUGUCCAGGAAUUCUUUUCUCAGGGCGACGAAGAAAGGAAGAGAAAGAUGACGAUAUCACCAGGCAUGGAUCGUGAGCUCUGUUCACAGCCAUCCAUCAGCUUGAAAUUCGGUCAACUCAUUUUGCCAUAUUUCGAAUCCUUGGUCAGCUUAUUACCCAAAUCACAUGUGUUUGUUGACUUUCUUGUUGCAAACUCUACUCGAUGGGAACGUCUAGACCAGCACACACAAGCACCUCUACCCAACACCACCACCACCACCAUUAGAAGAGUGAGCAGCGAUAUCAGAGCUACAUCCACUACCGUCACCACCACCACCACCACCACCACCACACCACCACCGCCCACCCUUAUCACUGCCGCUGCUGCUACUGCAACUGCUAUUAAAUAUAAACGAAUUAGAUUGGGAUUUAGAAGCAAGAGCUUCCCUACUGUAUUAUACCAUCAUCAUCAGCAUCAACAUCAUUAUCAUAGCAACGUUAUUAUAGAGAAAAACAAUUUGCUUCCAUUAGUAAAUUUCAAAUCAUCCCUCCUGUAUGAUACCACCAAAACCAAUAUAGAAUCCAUUGUACUGUAUCAUCCUUACGAUCAAUAA